AUGAGCUUUGGGUUCCACGUCUACGACAGCUACUUAAAUGCAAGGAUGACUUAUCAGAACACCCUGAAACAUCUGUCCAUCACAGAAAAGAUUGUCCCCAACUUCAAAUGUGAGAAGAAGAAGAAAAUGAUAGCUGUUAUUGGGGGACUUGACUCUGACAUCUCUCUCCACAUGGCUACUCUCUUAGGCAUCUACAAGAUUCCACAGAUCGCUUACUGUGUCUUAGCUCCAGUGAGGAGCCUGGAGUUGCAGCCCCAGACAUUCUACCGAACGGUGCCCAAUGAGAAAUAUCAAUAUGCAGGGAUUGUCCUGCUACUUCUACAUUUCCAGUGGACAUGGGUUCCGCCUCUUGCCUUGUGUAAUGAUCACUGCCAGCCAGGCUACAGCAGGAAAAAGAAGGAAGGCUUGCCAUUUUGUUGCUAUGAUUGUGCUUCGUGUCCAAAUGGGAUGAUUUCAAGUCAAACGGAUAUGGAUUAUUGUUUCCCAUGCCAAAAUGAUCAAUUUCCAAACAGGGACAGAGAUCAAUGCAUCCCCAAACGCCAACAUUUUCUUUCCUACGCAGAACCUUUGGGCUUCCUUUUAGCCUCCUUGGCUCUGUUCUUUUCUCUGCUCACAGCUUUGAUCCUUGGCGUCUUCUCUCGGAAUGGGGACACUCCCAUUGUCAAAGCCAACAACCGGGACCUCACCUACACUCUGCUCCUUGCCCUGUUGCUCUGCUUCCUCUGCUCCUUGCUCUUCAUUGGCCAGCCUCACCCAGUCACCUGCUCUUUACGACAAGCUGCUUUUGGCAUCAUCUUCUCCAUUGCUGUGUCUUGUGUCUUGGCCAAAACCAUCAUGGUGCUUCUGGCUUUCAUGGCCACCAAACCAGGAUCCAGGAUGAGGAAAUGGGUGGGGAAAUCUCUGGCCAACUCUCUUCUUCUUGGUUGCUGCUCCGUUCAAACCAGCAUUUGUGCUGCUUGGCUCUGCACGGCUCCUCCAUUCCCAGAUGUGGACAUGAACUCUUUGAUGGAGGAAAUCAUUGUGGAAUGCAACGAAGGCUCUGUCACCAUGUUUUAUUCUGUCCUGGGUUAUCUGGGAUUCCUGGCCAUGGUCAGCUUCACGAUGGCUUUCCUGGCCAAGAGGUUGCCGGACACCUUCAACGAAGCCAAGUUCAUCACCUUCAGCAUGUUGGUGUUUUGCAGCGUUUGGCUGUCCUUUGUUCCCUCUUAUCUGAGCACCAAAGGAAAGCAGAUGGUGGCUGUGGAGGUCUUCUGCAUCUUGGCCUCCAGCGCAGGUUUGCUGGGUUGUAUCUUUUCCCCCAAAUUGUACAUAAUUCUUCUGAGGCCCGACUUGAACAGCAAAGGCCACUUAAUUCUCAGGAUCAAAUAG